GUUUGAUACCUAUGAUUGGCUUGAGUACAGAGUGAAACUAGAUGCUGCAUUUUGCUUUGUUUGCUAUCUGUUCAAGAAUAAAAAUUGUAAAGGUGGAAAUAGUUUUGUGGAUGGGGGCUUUAGUCUUUGGAAUCAAACAAGUAAAUUUGACACACAUGGUUCUUGCAAGUCUCACUGUCUCGCUCAAGAGAAACAUGAUUUAUUCUCUAGAAGUGGAACAUCAAUUGGAGAUGCUUUAGAGAAACUAACCACAGAAGAAAAGGCCAUGUACAAAGCUCGCUUGAGAUAUUCACUUAAGUGCUUGAAGUUUAUUUUGAGACAGGGAUUAGCAUGUCGUGGACAUGAUGAAAGUGAUGAGUCUCUUAACAAAGGAAAUUUUCUUGAACUUCUAAAUUGGCUAGCAGAAAGUUUGGAGGAUGUUAACAAGGUUGUUCUAAAAAAUGCUCCAAAGAACUGCAAGCUGACCUCCCCUAUGAUACAAAAAGAGCUCAUAAACUGUUGUGCCAAAGAGACCACUAAACUUAUUAUAGAAGAUCUUGGUGAUGACUACUUUGCAAUACUUGCGGAUGAAUCUAGUGAUGUGUACCAAAAGAAACAAUUAGCUCUUUGCAUACGUUAUGUUGAUAAGAAAGGAAGGGUAGUUGAGAGAUUUCUUGGUAUUGUCCAUGUGGAGAACACUACCUCGUUGACACUGAAAAAUGCUAUUGAGAAACUACUUAUGGAUCAUUCAUUGAGCUUGUCUAGAAUUCGUGGGCAGGGAUAUGAUGGUGCUAGCAACAUGAAAGGUGCACUUAACGGCCUAAAGAAAUUAAUUAUGGAUGAGUCGCCUUUAGCUUAUUAUGUGCAUUGCUUUGCACAUCAGCUUCAGUUAACCCUUGUGGCUGUUGCCAAAGAAAAUCAAGAUUGCAAAUGUUUCUUUGAGCAACUUGGGUUGUUGUUGGCAGCCAUCGGGAAUUUUUGCAAGAGGUUGCAAAUGCUUCGAGUUGCUCAAGCGGAGCAUGUUAUUGAAGCAUUAGAGUUGGGUGAAAUUGAAAGUGGCUGUGGUUUGAAUCAAGAAAUGGGUUUAGGUAGGCCUGGAGAUACUCGUUGGGGGUCUCACUACAAAACGAUACAACAUAUUAUUCUCAUGUAUGAGCCUAUCCGAAAGGUGCUGCAAGAAAUUGGAGAUGAUCCUGAAUACAAAGAAUCAGAGAAAGCUGAAAUGGCCUUGUGUUCACUUGAGUCAUUUGAAUUUGUGUUCCUUGCACAUUUGUUGGACACCCUAUUUGGCUACACAGAUGACCUUAAUUGUGCUUUGCAAAAGAGGGAUCAAGACAUUGUCAAUGCUAUUUCUCUCAUAUAUUUGACAAAGACUCAGCUUGAGUUAUUGCGGGAGGAUAAUGGAUGGGAGAGCUUUCUUGCUGAUGUUACUUCUUUUUGUGUGAAGCGCAAGAUAGAUGUUCCCAAUAUGGAUGACAUAUACAAGGCAGCUGGAAGGUCAAAGAGGAAGUAUGUCAAGCUCACAAAUUAUCAUCGUUUCAAAGUUGACAUGUUUUUAGGCAUCAUUGAUAGGCAACUUAAGGAGCUCAAUGAUAGGUUUGAUGAGGUAAACACCGAUUUGCUUAUCUAUAUGUCAUCAUUCAAUCCCAAGGAUUCAUUUGCUGCAUUUGACAAGGAGAACUUGAUGAAACUUGCUAAAUUUUAUCCCAAAGAUUUCUCAGUCACCGAGUUGAUGCGUCUAUCCUAUCAACUUGGUAAAUUCAUUAUUGAUGUGCGUGGUGAUGAAAGAUUUAGGAAGGUGAAGAAUAUUGCUGAGCUUUCAGUCUUACUUGUUGAAACAGAUAAACAUGCCAUACACGCAUAUGUGUACAAGCUUUUGAAAUUAGUGUUGUUGCUACCAGUUGCAACAGCAAGUGUUGAAAGGGCAUUUUCAGCUUUGAAUUUUGUGAAGAACAAGCUAAGAAAUAGCAUGGGGGAUCAAUACUUAAAUGAUUGCUUGGUUCCAUUUAUUGAGAAGGAAUUUUUCCUACGUGUUGCUGAUGAAGACAUCAUCUCCCGUUUCCAAAAGCCACCUCGUCGAGUUAAUUUGUAACUUUUUUAUUGUAUGGAUAAUAGAUUAAGGAACUAUUUGUAUUGUAUCAUGUAACUUUAACCUUAUUUUCAUGAAGCUCUAUCUUUUAUGUGC